AAGGAUGUACGUCUGAUCGAUCUUCUCCGGGCUAUCCGUAACAAACGCAAUCACAUCUGGUCACUUCCAAUAGCCCUGAAACGUCGAUUUGGAGGAAGUGCUGCUGGAAUGGCAAAGUUCUGGACAGCUCGGUUUCCUUGUCUUCUCCCUAUACUCUAUGAGCUUGGCGCUCGUCAUUUAUCUGGCCUGCCUGACUUCGUUUACUUCGCGAUUCAUUCACCACCGCUUAAAUUGCUGGCAGCUGAGGCUCCAAUUCAAACUGUUGACACAACAUCCAGUACGACUGAUCAGACGACAAGAAUGCCGGUUUGGGUGUGUCGGCGUAACUCUUGUGCUCGUCUUAUGCGAGAGCUACUCACUGCUACUCACAAAAGAAAAAAUGAGCAAAAUGAAUUGGAACGAAGGGUUUGCAACCCAAUCAAUAGGGUCGCAUAUGUUUAUCAAGAACUUAGAGUUGAAUUUUCCCCACAAUUUAUCUGA